UUUUUGCUUCGUUUGCUGUUCGUUGGUACACUUUCGACUUUCGUUUGGGCAACUAACGCGAAGUUUUUAGAUGAAAUUUCUUUUAAAUAUCACUGAUCUUCUUCCGUGGAAAGACACGAGGAAUUAUUCAUCACCUCGUUUGUCUUUGUAGCCGUUCAUUUGGUUGUUUUAAGCUGUUCAAACCGCCGAAAAUCAGUCGAAAUCCCGACCCAUCCUGGAGGGGAAAGUCCCACGACAUUUUGGAUAUUUUUGCUGUAGUCCGCAGAAUUUCCUGACUAUCUUGUAAGACAGAGAAAGGUUUAAAUAUGUCUGGGGGAAAAAGACACGGCGGAGAUGGCAGUAAGUGAACUAUUAUCAAAAUAUAUUGUUAUAUGACACAGAAUAAUUUUAAUAGUAACCUGUUUUCAUUUAUAAACCAAACCACAACUGUAGUGAUUUAUUCCACUGUUGGGUGUAAAUAUCUCUUGGUGGUCAUUAAAUAUGUUUUGUUCUGUUGAAAGUGAAAUUGAAUGUCUGAUUGGAAAGUUUGUAAAACACCAGUGAUUAACCCCAUUUUUGGUCAUUUUCAGGGACAGCCACUUGCCCCAGCCCUUUGGUAAAAUCUCGUAAUAGAAAUUAUAGUAAAGUGAUGCAUCCAACGUCAAGAAAAUUGGAACAUGCCUGUGCUAAAUAUUAGCCAAAAUUUCAUCUCAGAAUACCUUAGAUUGAUAGGGAUACAACUACCUGAAAAAUACAAGGAGAACUUCAACGUUUUGUGCAAAGGCUGUUCGUCAGGAAGACGGGGGUCUCUGCGUGAAACGUCGAAGAUCUCAUUGUUCUCAUUCAAACAAAAGUUCUCAUUAUAUAUUUCUCAUCUGGGCCCAGGAUGGCUUUACAUGCAACAUAUGUAUAGUUUGUGAAUUCUUGUGAUUGUUUUUUAAUUGUGUUUUAGGGAAAAAGCCAAAAGGACCACGACCAAAGUUUGACUUUUCACAAAACCCUCCGGCUAAGUCUGUAUCACCAAUGUAAGUAUUCUGUGGUUUCAAAAUAGUUCAUCAUUCUCUAUAUAGGAAUUUUGACAUUCUAGAUGUUGGGGAUAGAUUAAGUUUUACUUCUGUUAAUUGCUAGCUUAAACAAGCAACUGUUUUGUCAAGGCAGACAUCAGAUUGCAGAGGAAAGAUUGGAUUAAAAAUUUUUGUGAAUUGUCAACACAUAUGACAAAACAUAAGUUUCUUGCACGUAUGAGACAAAAUGCUGCUUGAAACUGUUUUCCAGUUUGCCCUGUCUAAUCUGCAGUUUAAAAUGAACUGGAGAUAUCCAGGCAUUUGAUAACAUAUAAUGUUUCACUACAUGACAGUUCUCAAUGUUUAUUUUUUUCUUUUAGAACUCCACGAAAUUUGACAGAUAGAACGACUCUGACUAUAAAUGGGAAGGUAUUGCAGCUAUAUAAUGCGACAGUAGAUCCUCUGGCAAGAAUCAAACCUGCAGCCCUGUGAUUCUGGUGCAGCACUCUGCCUAGCCUGGGUGUCACGCUCUACGCUUGAAAUACAGCCCGCUACUGAAGUCAAUAAAAAGUAGACAGUGAUUUGGAUGCACGUAAAAUAACAACCAAUCAAAACAGCGAUUGUUAAUUAGAUUAUCAAAGCUAAUUUAGAUAUGACAAGAACAGCCAGUUUUUCUGCUAAUUUUUAACAGCCAGGAAUUACAUACUAAAGAUUCCUAACAGUUAUUAAUCAUGUUUAUAGACAGCAAAAAAUCCAGACAAAACCAUAAUUACAAUUGAUAUUAUCUCAAAAGGCAAGAUUAUUUAUUUCUGACCAAUCUGAAUUUUUCAUACGAUUGACUUGCGUAGCAGGCUUUAUUUCAAGCAUAGAGCCUGGUGCACAGGCUACCUUCUACCAGGCUGAGGGCUGCAGGUUCGAGCCUGGUGCACAGGCUACCUUCUACCAGGCUGAGGGCUGCAGGUUCGAGCCUGUACUUGCAUUUUCCACAACCGCUUCUGGUUAGGUUGAAUAAAUGUAUAAAAUUCACACGCUAAACUUCCAUCUACAAAAUCCUUUUGCCAUAUUUCUAACUGCAUUAUGGUAUUUUGAAUGGAAUUAGGAAUAUGACUGUAAAGCAGAGGACUUGAAGGAUCUGGGAGAGUUAGGUCGUGGUGCAUAUGGUGUCGUACAAAAGAUGAUGUUGGAAUCAACUGAAACUAUGAUGGCAGUCAAGGUUUGCCUCUUGUAGAUUUUCUUUAGUUAGGUGUUUGUGCUGUUUAUUGUAUUUUAUAAUAGUUAAUACUUAAUACUCUUCUCUAGAAAUUAGCCGCAGAUUGAUAUAACAACCUCAACAUUACAACAAGGACUUUAGUGAUUGACCAAUAGGCCGAUUUUUGCCUUAUUAGUAGAUUGGAAUCGGUAGAUUAUAGCUAUAUUUUCGAUUGUCUAAAACCGUCUUUAAUAUUAAAAGCAUUAAAGUUUUUCUUGUAUUCUGUUGCAUCAUUAUCAAUCUAUAACUUUCUUAUUAUUGGCGCUACCUACAAUGGCACAGAACAUUUCAAGAUUAAUACUUUUCUUUUGAAUACUGUAGAGAAUAACGUAUUCAUUUAACGACAAGGAACAAAAGAGAGCGUUAAUGGAUCUUGAUGUCUCAAUGAGAGUCACUGAAUGUCCGUUUACUGUGCACUUUUAUGGUGCUGUAUUCAGAGAGGUUAGUUAUCAAAGUCAGUUUCAUAGUUUUAUUGUUCUUAAACUGAACAGAAAUGUAAGAAAAUUCUAAUAUCACCAAUUUACACCUACAAAGUUGGCUUAAUUACAAGGGUAGAAAAUUCUUUAGCAAUGGCAUACAUGGUCAUACAUUUUAGCAGGGGUGGAAAAAAGUAGGCGAGCACUGCUCGCACCAAAUGUUAAACAGCUCCAGAAAAUUUGUUUGAAUGAACAUUUGCUAUUGAAAAAUUUGAAGGAAACCUUAACACCCAUGUCCCACUAUGGGCACAACAACAGAUGGUUGACAGACAUUAUUCCUUGAAUUUAAAACCAUGGUCGGCUGGAACACUAUAUGUAUAUUAGUACAUGCAGAUUUAGCACAAAAUACUCUGUUGGUCUGCAGGAAAUUUUUGUCUCCAGUUUGUGCUUCCAGCUUCCUUUUCUGCCCUGCAUUCUACAACAAAGUUGGCAUAUGUUUUAUCAAUAUGUUUCACUUAAUGACUUGGCAAAAUUUCUCCCUGCAGCAUCAUUCCUGAUGUGGUUAAAAGCUCCCCCAACUUGCACAAAAUUUAUUUCAAGGAUUUGCACUGUUCUGUUGUAUAGGGUGAUGUAUGGAUUUGUAUGGAAUUAAUGAGGGCAUCUUUGGAUAAGUUGUACAGAUGUGUCUACAGUGUUCCUGAUAGAAGAAUACCAGAGAAUGUAUUGGGAAAGCUAACAAGAGCUGUAAGUUUUGGAAAAUGCCACAAUUUGGAUUAAACCAGUCAUAUGGUUUUGUGGUCAGAACGCUUGCCUUUCAAGCUGGGAGACCCUAGUUAAAUACUUGCUCGGACCUCUUCUCAAGCUCUUAAAAUAAUUGAUGAGAAGAGCUACCUUUUCAUAAUUUGACAUCAGUAAAUUGUUAGACUUUGGCGUCUUCUCGGAUAAGGACGUUAAAUCAUAGUUACCUUGGAUCCCCGAUCAAUGGGAUCAACACAGCAGAUUUCAUGAUUAUUAUUAGAUUACACUGAUAUCAAAGGAACUAGACUCAGUUCCGAAAUUUCGCAUACUCGAACCGUCCUGACCGCGUAGCUCAGUUGGAAGAGCAUUGGGCUAGUAUUCCAAAGGUCGUAGGUUCGAAUUCCGCCGUGGCCAGGCAUAUUUUUCGUUAAGCCUGCCCGGUGUGGAUAUACACUCAGAGUAACAUCACACAAACAUCUUAUUCACCUGAGUACAUUGCACCAACACAGCAGAUUUCGUUGGAUCCUGUUGGAUCCGCUCACCAAUGAGUUAGAAACUCAGUAAACUAAACUAAUAGGAUGAACUUGUUAAAAAUCAUGAAAUUGUUUGUUGGGAUUAAUAAAUUUGAAACAUGUUUGAUGGUUAUUUUAGGUUGUAGAAGCAUUGGAUCAUUUGCAUACAUUGAAAAUAAUCCAUCGAGGUAAAAAAUAAUAUUGAGUCUAACAACAAUAAAAAUUUAUCGGAAGUAAUAAAUUGAGUUUUUUUUGUACUAUCUAUUACAGAUGUGAAACCCUCCAAUAUUCUUAUUAAUGACGCUGGGGAGUUCAAAUUAUGUGACUUUGGUAUCAGUGGCCAGUUAGUCAAUUCAUUAGCAAAGACAAUGGAUGCUGGAUGUAAACCAUAUAUGGCGGUAUGUACAGUACAUGUAUGACAUGUCAUGGAUAAUUCAACAUUUCAGCACUAUGUAGUAUGCACUGUUAAGCCUGGGGCUGGUUGUAUAAAACUCUUAAUCACUUUUUUAAUCACUAUUUUGUAGUUAAAUAGUGAUUAACCUUCAAAUAGGCGCUUCUUAUUGGACGACGUUUCCACUUAAUUAUAGUUAACUUUAAUCACUUUUUUAUACAACCGGCCCCUGGUUUACACCAUCUAAGUUUCUGUGAUCACAGUAGGAAUUUUGCACAGGUAAUUAAAGUUUUGAAGGAUUUGUAAGAAAUGUUUGAGGGACGUGAAUCAGUGUUUAACACUAAGUCAGUUUUCUCAAACAUUUCUUACAAAUCCUUCAAAACUUUAGCAAUGCAAAAAUUCUACUGUGAUCACAGAAACUUGGAUAGCUUAAAUUUUGCUAAUUAUAUUGGUGUCUUGUUCUUUCUACAGCCUGAGAGGAUUAAUCCUUUAAAAGAUGCACCGGGUUAUGACAUUAGAUCAGACGUCUGGAGUUUAGGCAUUACUGUGGUAAGAUAUACAGUGAAUGCCUGGAAACAAGGGAGAUCUCGGUUAGCUUAAUCUUAGUACAACCUCAAAGCAAUCUUCCCAACAGCCUGAUUAGAAACAUUAAGAUGGUUUUCCGCAAAUCAUGUCUGGAUCAAUAGAAAUUUUAUUCUUCUAAAGUUUUGAAAUAAACAGAAGUGUAAAUAUACCCAACCAUGGAUAAUAAAAUAAAUUUAUUUUAUUAUCCAUGCCCAAACCUAAAACAGUGGGCUAAAUUUGCGCUAAUCCAACCUUAAACAACCAGUUGUGAUAUUUUGUAGAUUGAGUUGGGUACAGGAAAGUUUCCAUACUCCCAAUGGCGAACACCAUUUGAACAAUUGAAACAAGUUGUUCAUGAACCUGCACCGAGAUUGGAUGAAGGUGGAUUAUUUUCGAAUGAAUGUUGUCAGCUAGUUAACAGUUGGUAAGUUUCAAGGAUAAAUGUUAUCUAUGACGUGUAAUCACUGAUAUAAUGUUAUUUAUUAUAUGGCAAGC